GCCCUACUGUAUCUGGUAUGUCAGAUAUGGAUUAUCCUUUACAAGGACCAGGUUUGCUGUCAAUACCCAAUCUUCCAGAAAUCAGCUCAGUCCGCCGAGUCCCACUUCCACCAGAGCUAGUGGAGCAGUUUGGACAUAUGCAGUGCAAUUGUAUGAUGGGAGUGUUUCCAGAGAUCAGCAGAGCUUGGCUGACCAUUGACAGUGACAUCUUUAUGUGGAACUAUGAAGAUGGAGGAGAUCUGGCUUAUUUUGAUGGUCUGAGUGAAACCAUUCUUGCAGUGGGCCUUGUAAAGCCAAAGGCAGGUAUCUUUCAGCCUCAUGUACGACACUUACUUGUCCUUGCUACUCCUGUGGAUAUUGUGAUUUUAGGGCUUCAUUGUUCUAAUAUACAGUCAGGUACUGGAUCGCUCAAUGACAGCAUAUCUGGAGGAAUGCAGCUGCUACCAGAUCCCCUGUAUUCUCUCCCUACUGACAACACCUACAUCCUGGCAAUAACAGCAGCUGAAGCAGGCUGGUUUAGCCAGCGCUGUAGAAAAAUUAAUCAUUCAAAGAGUGCACUGUCUUUUCUUAUUCCUUCGUUGCUACAGUUCACAUUCUCAGAGGAUGAUCCUGUAGUGCAAAUUGCCAUUGAUAACUCUCGAAAUAUCUUGUACACCCGCUCAGAAAAAGGAGUCCUGCAAGUUUAUGAUUUGGGACAAGAUGGUCAAGGAAUGACCAGGGUUACUUCUCUUUCACAAAAUGCUAUAGUUUCUGCUGCAGGGAGCAUUGCUAGAACAAUUGAUCGUUCUGUAUUUAAGCCUAUUAUUCAAAUAGCAGUGAUUGAAAAUUCUGAAUCCAUAGACUGUCAGCUACUAGCAAUCACACAUGCAGGUGUCCGACUAUAUUUUAGUACGUCACAAUUUAAACAUCCAACAGCUCGUCCUUCCAUGUUAACCUUGGUCCAUGUCCGAUUGCCACCUGGGUUUUCAGCUUCUUCAAAUGUAGAGAAGCCUGCAAAGGUUCACAGAGCCCUUUAUAGCAAAGGGGUCCUGCUGAUGGCAGCUUCAGAAAAUGAAGAUAAUGACAUCCUGUGGUGUGUCAAUCAUGAUUCUUUCCCUUUUCAAAAGCCAAUGAUGGAAACACAGAUGACAACCCGUGUUGAUGGACAUUCCUGGGCUCUUUCUGCUAUUGAUGAAUUUAAAGUUCAGAAGAUUGUGACACCACUAAAUAAAGAUAUUAUUCCCAUAACUGAUUCACCUGUGGUUGUACAGCAACACAUGCUGCCACCAAAGAGGUUUGUCCUGCUUUCAGCCCAAGGAAGCUUUAUGUUUCAUAAACUCAGACCUGUUGAUCAGCUGCGGCAUCUUCUUGUGAGCAAUACAGGUGGAGAUGGAGAAGAGAUUGAGAGAUUUUUCAAGCUGCAUCAGGAGGAUCAGGCCUGUGCCACUUGCCUUAUUUUGGCCUGCUCUAGUGCUGCAUGUGAUAGAGAAGUAUCUGCCUGGGCUACUCGGGCAUUCUUCAGGUAUGGUGGAGAAGCACAAAUGAGAUUUCCAUCAGCUCUGCCUCCUCCCAGCAACGUUGGACCUAUUUUGGGUUCUCCUGUUUCUGCAGUAACAGGUCCAGGUGGAAGAUGGCACCAUUCUUCUCCUGCUACUUUCUCAGUUUGCUCAAAGGGUUCCCCUUUGACUGUUGAUAGUCCAUAUUCUAAUCCUAGCAUUUUGACAUCUGUGCAAGGUUUACAACCUCCUGCUAUGUCCACUCCCCUCUUUCCUUCUGGAAAUUCCAUGUCUCACCCUGGCACAUCCAUUAGUGGAAUGAUGGGUCCUGAGAUAGUAUUUUCUGGAAGACACAAUGGCAUCUGCAUAUACUUUGCUCGGAUUAUAGGAAAUAUUUGGGAUGGCAGUAUAGUUGUGGAGAGAGUUUUCAAAAGUGGCAAUCGAGAAGUUGUUGCAAUAGAAAGCAGUGUUCCAUCCCGUAUGCUGGAAUGUGUGCUACAAGAACUAAAAGGUUUACAAGAAUUCUUGGAUAGAAAUUCACAGUUUGCUACAGUAGGAGCACUUGGAAACCCAAGUUUCAGCACACCAGCGAAUCUACAACAGAGGCUCCUGGGUUUUAUGCGUCCUGAUGGUGGAAGUUCUCAGCAAGUCCAGCAAGAACUCCAAAGGAAAUACCAUGCUGAGGCACAGCUAACUGAGAAGACCUCGCUUCAAGGAAUCCAGCAGCUUGUUCGCAAAACCUGCCAGGCACUGGCUUUAUGGAAGUUGCUAUGUGAGCACCAAUUCAGUGUUGCUGUAGGUGAGCUUCAGAAGGAGCUUCAAGAACAGCUAAAGAUUACUGCAUUUAAAGACUUGGUAAUUAGAGAUAGAGAGUUGACUGGAGCACUCAUUGCAUCUCUUAUAAACUGUUACAUAAGAGAUAAUGCGGCUGUGGAUGGAAUCAUUGCCCAUUUGCAGGAUAUCUGUCCUCUUCUUUAUAGCACUGAUGAUGCUGUGUGCUCAAAGGCAAAUGAGCUUCUUCAGCGGUCUCGACAAGCUCAAAGCAAAAUGGAAAAAGAGAAGAUGCUGAGGGAGUCACUGAAAGAGUACCAGAAGAUCAGCAAUCAAGUAGACCUGGCCAAUGUUUGUGCACAGUACAGGCAGGUGCGGUUCUAUGAGGGAGUAGUAGAGCUCUCUCUUACAGCUGCUGAAAAGAAAGAUCCCCAAGGUCUUGGCCUUCACUUCUAUAAAAAUGGAGAACCAGAAGAAGAUGUUGUUGGACUCCAGGCUUUUCAAGAAAGAUUGAACAGCUACAAGUGUAUCACUGACACCCUUCAAGAGUUAGUGAAUCAAAGUAAAGCUGCUCCUCAGUCUCCCAGUGUACCCAAAAAACCGGGUCCUCCAGUGCUGUCAUCUGACCCCAACAUGUUAAGCAAUGAAGAAGCUGGACACCAUUUUGAACAAAUGCUAAAGCUGGCUCAGCGUUCAACAGAUGAACUCUUCAGUAUUGCACUUUACAACUGGUUGAUACAAGCUGACUUGGCGGACAAGCUGUUACAGGUUACUGCCCCCUUUUUGGAACCCUACCUGGUGCGGAUGACCAAGAUUGACCAAAACAAAGUCCGCUAUAUGGAUUUACUCUGGAGAUACUUUGAAAAGAACAGAAAUUUUAGUAAUGCUGCCAGAGUCUUGGCUAAGCUGGCUGACCUACAUAGCACAGAAAUCUCUCUUCAGCAGCGUCUUGAAUACAUUGCACGUGCCAUUUUGAGUGCCAAAAGUUCUACUGCCAUAUCCUCUUUAGCUGCAGAUGGUGAAUUCCUACAUGAACUAGAAGAGAAAAUGGAAGUUGCAAGGAUUCAGCUUCAAAUACAAGAAACAUUACAGCGGCAGUAUUCCCACCAUUCUUCAGUACAAGAUGCAAUCUCCCAGCUUGAUGCUGAGCUGAUGGAUAUAACCAAGCUGUAUGGAGAAUUUGCUGACCCUUUUAAGCUCUCGGAGUGUAAGCUUGCAAUUAUACAUUGUGCAGGUCAUUCUGAUCCUAUCUUAGUGCAAACUCUCUGGCAAGAAGUGAUUGAAAAAGAGCUGAGCGACAGUGUGUCUCUAAGCCCUGCGGACAGAAUGCAAGCGCUUUGUCUGAAGCUGGCAUUGCUUGGAAAGAUCUAUGCUGGCACACCUCGCUACUUUCCUUUAGAUUUUCUAGUGCAGUUUCUAGAGCAACAAGUCUGCACUUUGAACUGGGAUGUAGGUUUUGUAACAUACACCAUGCAAGAAAUUGGAGUGCCAUUGCUAAGGCUGCUUGAAGUAUAUGACCAGCUGUUCAAAGCACGGGAUCCAUAUUGGAGUAGAAUGAAAAAGCCUUUGCACCUCUUAGAGUGUAUUCAUGUAUUACUAUCAGGAUAUGUACAGGAUCCAAGCAGAGUACCUAUGAGGCGGCGAUUCACAAAUGUUUGCUUGGAUGCUGUUAGUUGCUACCUGGUUGAACUUCAGUCUAUGAGCCCCACACUAAUGGUGCAGACUACUAUUGGGAAUUUUAAAUCUCUACAGGCCAAGUUAGAACGGCUUCACUGAUUGGCUAAUACAAGAACAGAAUCAUUACUGCAGGUAAUACAAACUGAAAUAAAGGUUCAGAUGUUGGCACUGAA